AUGUCGCUUCCGAAGUACAAGGUGGUCCUGGUCGGCGACCAGUCCGUCGGAAAAACCGCGGUAGUAGUGCGAUAUCUGAAAAACACGUUCGAAGAAAAGGCGGAGGCAACUAUCGGCAUGGACUUCCAGACCAAGACUGUGCAGCUGCUGAGUGGUAGUCAGAUACGUCUUCAGCUUUGGGACACGGCGGGUCAGGAGAGGUUUCGCAGCUUGGUCAACGGCUACAUCCGUGAUGCAGCUGCAGCUGUUGUUUGUUACGACGUGACCAAUCGCCAAUCCUUCGACAGCACCACGCAAUGGAUCGAG